AAGGGUUUCCCUGAGUGUCUGCAAGCUGAUAUCUGCCUUCAUUUGAACCGCAGCUUGCUGCAGAACUGCAAAGCUUUUCGAGGUGCUAACAAAGGCUGCCUGCGGGCUCUGGCCAUGCGAUUUAAGACCACCCACGCUCCGCCGGGUGACACCCUAGUCCACAGUGGGGAUAUUCUCACUGCCCUAUACUUCAUUUCCAGGGGUUCUAUAGAGAUCCUCAGGGACGACGUGGUGGUGGCCAUACUGGGAAAGAAUGACAUCUUUGGUGAACCCAUCAAUCUGUACGAGAGGUCAGGGAAAUCCAGCGCUGAUGUCAGGGCUUUGACAUACUGUGAUCUUCACAAGAUCCUGAGGGACGACCUUCUGGAAGUGCUAGACAUGUAUCCCGAUUUUUCCAACAUGUUCUGGAACAAUUUGGAGAUCACCUUCAACUUGAGAGACGUGAGUGCCACCAGGGGGCGCUGUUACACAGCAUCCUGCUUGUGA